CGGCGGCGGCCGCAGCAGCAAGAGCGGCAGCAUGUUGGGCAGAGUUCGCUCAGCGGUGGCGCAACUAGUCGGGGGUCUGGGAGGCGGAGGAAGCCCCCGCAGUCCGCAACACACCUCGCCCGCUGCCAGCGCCUCAACCGCGUCGUCCCCGCCUAUUCUGUCCGAGGCUGCCGGGCCCAGCGUUAGCGCCGCCACUACCACCACCACCUCCGCUACCACCACGAGCAGCUCCUAUCGUGAGGGGCCCCGCGGCAGCUUCUCGAGGCCGUCUUUUCUGCAGCUCACGCCAGAGGAGCUUCUGCUGGCCGACGACCACACGGGCAGAACCGUCCAGAGCCCCCGCGAGAGUCGCCGUCGCCUGCCCUGGAGCACCGGCUACGCCGAGGUGAUAAAUGCUGGUAAGAGCCAGCAUAAUGAGGAUCAAGCCUGUUGUGAAGCCGUCUUUGUGGAAAAAAGAGAUACCCUGAGAAAUAACCCAGGCCACAAGGGAAUCUCUGGAGAGUCAGAAGGCAGAAAAGGUCUGUACUUUUACUACUGGGGUUUGUUUGACGGACAUGCGGGAAGUGGAGCUGCAAUUAUGGCAUCCAAACUGCUUCAUUUUCAUAUUCGUGACCAACUCCAAGAUUUGGUGGAUAUCCUACAAGAUUCCUCUGCUCCUCCAAUUUGCCUGCAAAAGGGACCCAGCACAAUUCUCACAGAAUCAAGCAAAACUUCUCUGGCAGAAGAAGACAAAGAGGUCCCAAACAAUGCCUUGCCACGCUUCCAUAUGGAAAAGGUGGUUUCCCGUGAAAGUUUAGUAGUGGGAGCCAUUGAAAAUGCAUUCAAGCAGAUGGACUAUCAAAUUGAGCAAGAACGGGUGACUAGACAGGCAACAGGAGGCUGCUGUGCACUGACUGUGGUUUAUCUUCUGGGGAAGUUUUAUGUGGCCAAUGCUGGUGAUAGUAGGGCCAUUGUCAUCCGUAAUGGGGAAAUCAUUCCAAUGUCCCGGGAGUUUACUCCAGAGACAGAGAGGCAAAGGCUACAGUUUUUAGGCUAUUUGAGGCCUGAAUUACUGGGAAAUGAGUUUACUUACUUUGAGUUUCCCCGAAGGAUCCAACAGAAGGAAGUGGGAAAGAAGAUGUUAUAUAGGGACCAAAAUAUGAACGGCUGGGCAUAUAAACGGAUAGAAGAAGAUGACCUGAAGUUUCCACUUGUAUAUGGAGAGGGUAAAAAAGCUCGAAUGAUGGCAACUAUUGGGGUAACUCGAGGCUUAGGAGACCAUGAUCUCAAAGUUUACAACUCCAACAUCCACAUUAAACCUUUCUUAUCUUGCACUCCAGAGGUGCACAUUUAUGAUCUCACACAGUAUGAGCACUGCCCUGAUGAUGUGCUGGUGCUGGGCACUGAUGGCCUCUGGGAUGUCACUAGUGAUCAAGAAGUGGCCACUGUGGUCACCGAUGUAUUGAUGGGCUAUGAACCCAAUGAUCCUUGCAGAUAUACCAUGGCAGCCCAGGAAUUGGUAAUGAGAUCCAGAGGAGUUCUGAAGGACCGUGGUUGGAGGCUGGCCAAUGACAAACUAGGCUCUGGAGAUGAUAUCUCUGUUUUUGUUAUCCCUCUAGGUGGUCCAGGAAACUAUUCCUGAACCUUGAGCCUCCAGGAUAGAGUUCUUGAUUCAAAACUAUACAAAAUGUAACUUAACUGAAGAUUGUAGAUUCCCUUGCUGUUGAAAUAUUUUGUUCUUCAAGUCUUCAGAAGUGGAUUAGAAAACCCAAUCAUAAAGACCGCAGUUUCCAUCCAGUUCUCAACUUUUUCAAGCAAGUGAGAGCCAUGACACAUAGCCGAAAUCAAAGCCUUUCAGGAAUUACUUCCAUAAGGUCUUGAUGUGCUGUGGAAAUCCUUAAUUCUCAGGGCUGUGUGGAGUCUGGGGUGUGGUGCCAGGGAAAGAAAACUGACUGUGGGUUCCACCGGCAUGGAAAUGGUCUUCAUGCUAAUUGUUAGUCCUGGAGUUAUCCUUGAUCCGUUACAGUACUGCAUCAUUUGUAAAUAUUUUUCCUUUUGUUUCCCCCAUGAUUAUAAAGGGACAGCUCAAGAUGCCAAGGACCACCUCAUUCUGAUUCACAGUGGCAACUGUGCCAAUGGCCACUGUGUCUAGAAAAUACUAUCUUACUUGGCAAUUAAUCAUAUGUGAAUUGUUAAAAAAUAAUGUCAAGUAAGUGUUGUUGACUGGUUGUUAGUUAUUUCUUGGAUUUCUCCUAGGCAGGAUAUGCAGUUUUUCCCUCUGAACAUUGAAUUUCAGGCUGAAUGCUAAAUAAGCACUCAUUUUAAAAGUAUCACUUAUUUUGCGGGGAUUUUUCUGUAUCAUGUUUAAUACUGUACAUCGUUUAACAAAAUUUGCUAAUUUUAUAGGAGUCCCUCCUCUGAAUGGCAGUGGAUGGGUACAACUGAUUUCUAUCAUAGAAAAUAUUGUGAAGAAAAUCUUAUCUUGUAUUGCUUUCUCCACAAAGUGGUGGAACAUCUGGUGAUCUAAGUCAACAACUGAGCCUUAAAUAACAAUAUAGAGAAAUCUUCUGCAGGAUAGGGGAUUGCAAAUAUGUACCUAAGGGCAUCUAGAGAAGUUAACAUUGUAGAAGAGAUUUUAUUUCUAGUCACCUGUGCUCUUUUAUGAAAGAGUCAAAAAUUUCUGCAUGAAAGAUCUACCUCUAUAGCCCAGAGCCCCGAGUUCUUGGCUUAAUGAAUAAAACAUAUUAUGUACUGAUUUAAAACUGUCUGGCAAUAGUAGCUACACUUUAUAACUUGGUAACUAUUUCAUUUAAAGUGACCUAGCAACUCACAAUCUGCAGUUUACAAUACAAUUGUAAGGAAUUGAGUGAUAAGACACAACAAAGGGAGGACUGAAGACUAUCAUAUUUAUUAAAAACUUUGAUGGAUCACCUCUAAUUCAUGAAAGGUAUAUGCAAUGACAAACUUGUGCACCUUUAGAAAACUCCAUUUUCCAUUUACUGCAAAAAUAAUAAUAACAACAACAACAUGGCUACCUAUCCAGAAAUGUGUUUUUUUUCUUUCCUUCCCUCUUUUCUUUAUCCUUUAUCUUAUUUAUUUUUAAAAAUAAGUUAUUAGGCAUUAAAGUAAAUAUUUCCACUCUUAUUUAUAGUCUAUGUUUUAAAAUAUUUCAUUUAGACCAUAUUUUUUCCAUUUUUGCUAGGGAAUAAGAUCCACUGAAUUAUUUGGAUCUUCUAUGUAAACAGUGACACUUCCCCAUUAUGUAAAGACUGAGCAUGAAAGCUUUGAUUUAUUUGUUAACAAUGUGAAGUUUUAAUUUCUGAUGACAGAUUAAAAGACUGAAAGGCUGUGGGUAUUCAUUGGCAUAAAGUAAAAACUAGUCAAGAAAUAAUCUUAAUCAAAAGCACUUCAGUAUUGAUUUCUCUUUUUCUUUUGACCUGCUAUGACUUUAUGGUGAUUGAUGUGAAUCAUGUCGCUUGUGAAAGAUGAAAUAAAGUGAGUGCACCUCUUGGGAACCACAGGGAUAUAAUCAGAAGAUUAGAGCAUCUAGAUUCCUCUUAAAUACUUGAGUCGUAGUUGUGGCAUAGUGAAGGCUACAUCCAAAUGUACCCACACUGAUAGUUGACUUCAAGUGUUAAUUCUAAGUCCAAUGUCAGAAUUCACACUCUGGGAAGUCAAAGCUAUGCUUGCUGGCUGUAUCCCCAGAGUACUGAGUCUAUUGCAAGGGUGGAUUUACGUGCAUUCAAGCAAAUGCAAGGGAAGCUUUUAUCACAUGCAAGUGAAUAAAAAGUUAAAUUCCAGUUCAGAUUUGGCACUUGGGCUCAAAUUCACAUAACCUGGUAAUUUGUCAUUAAUCUGUACUCAGUUUACCCAAUCUGUGGUCUUAUCAUAGCAGUCUGGAUCAUAAACUAACCAGAUGAACCAUAUUCAUACCACAUGCUAGAUAAAAUGUGAUUUUAGUUUUUAGUUCAGUGUGGCUUUCAAAUUACACUGGGUAAAUAUACCUUCAAAAGUUGUAGCCCGCUUCCUCAACAAUUUAAACCUCCCUGACUAUUCUUUCGAACACAUGAUAGUUUGUAUGUCACAUUUAAAAAAAAACCUAGUUAUGUUAUGGCUAGGACAGAAUUGGGAAUACUGUAGGGACCACUUUACAAUGAAAAUAAAAGUUAAGUGAAAACCUGAUUUUAAAAAAAACCAUGUUUACAAGACUGCACUGAACAAAUACAAUGAGAGUUAGGUCACUGGUCCUUGAAUGAACAAUCAUGGGUU